CAUCCUCCACUUCCACCCACUCCAGACAGAACCAGGCACCGGGAAAGAGACUACCCUCAUCACCUCCUCCAACCUCCACCCGAGUUCUGUUUACCUUUCCCGGUUCCAGUUUCCUGUUUGUUUUUCCUUUGCGGCCAGUCAGACUUGCACCAUGUGUACGGGGAAGUGCUCCAAGGUGAUCGCCGUGCCGCUGUACGUGCUGGCGCUGGUGUCGGUGGUGUGUAACAUCAUGCUGUUCUUCCCCGGGUGGAGCACUGAGUACGCCAAGCAUGACGGCGACGAGGCGCGCAUCACCCAGGAGGUCAAGUACAUGGGGGGGCUCAUCGGAGGAGGAAUCAUGAUCCUGGUGCCUGCCAUCCACAUCCAUCUGACCAGCAGUCGGGGUUGCUGUGCCAACCGCUGUGGGAUGUUCCUGUCCAUCGGUUUCGCAGCGGUGGGCGUGGCGGGGGCCCUGUACAACCUGGCCGUGGCAGCAGUGGGUCUGACUAACGGUCCUCUCUGCCUCUGGAACAACGCAGUCAGCCCUAUCCCCAAGUGGGGAACCCCCUUCGCUGCCAAUAACGCGAGUUACCUGGGCGACAGAGACUCGUGGGCCUGGUGCAAGGAGCCGGAGAACGUGGUGGAGUUUAACGUGGGCUUGUUCUCCACGCUGCUGGUGGCCGGAUCCCUGGAGCUCAUCCUCUGUGCCAUCCAGAUGGUCAACGGGCUGUUCGGCUGCCUCUGUGGCACCUGUGGGGGCAAGGAGUGAGCGUAGCCUUAACCACAAUGGACCAUGACCACUUGACGGAAGCCAUGAUCUGUAACCCCACCUGACCGUGCUGCCCUCCUGCUUCAAGAGGAAUGAAUGGUCAUCCUGUUGAGAAGUGGUUGACUGUAGGCUGGUUUAUUUAUGAUGGACAGCUGCUCUUGUAUGCAAGCACAUUGAUUGUAAUCAUAAGCCAAUAUAUUUUGCAUUUUGUAAAUUGUAUGUUUAUAUGUUUUACCAGAUUUAUUCUUAACCACUGCAAAAUGUUUUGUAAUAAAUAUGUGAAAAUG